AUGGCGCUUCGCAUGUUGUGCAGCAAAACAACCAACUUUAAUCGAAUUCUACCUGUAAACUCUACAAACCAACUCCCAAAACAAUUACAGAAUGUAACACCUACUACCGUUCGAUGGUAUUCUUUUCGAUCGUCAGAACCGGUCGGUGAUGUAGCGCAGUUUCCCGAGGUGGAAGUAGUAAAAAAUCCACCGGAAUGGAAAUACGUUGAACGAUUGCUCGCUCCUCGAACAGUACCGAAGCCAAUAGCAAAGGAAACCUACCCUUCGGGGUGGAAACCAGCUAACCCACGACCCGAGCUUAAGUAUGUAGUGCUACGGACGAAGAAUCAUAUGUUACCAGUAUACAUACGCCGUGCGUUCCGUGGUCAGCGUCGAAUAACAGCGAUCCGGCAUGUCGAGGGCGAUAUUUGGCAGUUGGAGGCUGAAUUGCGAUACCUCAUCGAAAAGCAGCUUAAUCGUCCCAUCAUCACACGGGUGAAUGAAAUGAGCGGUCUGAUUGAGCUGAAGGGCGAUCAUGUGGCUUUCGUUGAAAAGUUCUUGCUAGAUAAAGGAAUGUAA